AUGAAUUAUACUUUGAAAGUUGAAGAUAGUAUUGAUGACGACGAAAAAAAAAAGAAAAACAAUCGUUUUAAAUUUUUUCCUAAAAAAGAAAAAAGUGUUAAUAAAAAAACUCUUAAAUGUAAAAAAGAUACUGAAAUAAAAUUUUAUGAAGAAGAACCUUAUUUAGAUGACAAAGUUAACGACGUAGAUUAUAUUAUAUUAAUAAUUCAUGGUAUAGGAUCAAAUGAAGAAUUGAUUAUAAAUCAAUGUGAAGAUCUUAAAAAUAGCUUUAAAAUUGUAAAAAAAAUGUGGUUUUUUGAUUAUCCUUUUAAUAUACAUUUUCAUAUAUUUAAUUGGAAAAAGUAUAUAAUUGACGCACAAAUUCAUGUUUUUAAUAGAAUAAAUAUCAAUACAAUGACAGAGACUAGAAAAAUAGUUAAUUUAGCUUCUGGGGAUAUAAUAUGUUUUUUACAUCCAAGAUAUGGGGAUUAUAUAAUGCUAAAUUUAUAUAAUGAUAUUAAUAAAACUUUAGAAUCUUUAAAGAGUGAUUCAACAGGAAGAUUUAAAAAUUCCAAAAUAUGUCUUUUAGGAUAUUCACUAGGUAGUGCAAUGGCAUAUGAAAUAUUAAACAAUGUGAAAGUUCGAAUUAGUGAAAGUAAUUUGAAAUAUAAUUUAAAAAGUAAAAUUCAUUAUUUAUUUACACUUGGAAGUCCGUUGAGUGCUUUAUUAUCUUUAUAUAAACCUGAGUAUAUAAACAAUGGACUUAAGUUAAUUAAAGAAUUGAAAUUUUAUAACAUUUUUCAUGGUUUUGAUCCGGUUGCUUUUAGAAUUGAGCCACUAAUUUAUCCUAAAAUAAAAAAUAUUCCUCAACCAGUUUUAAUUAAUUAUUGGAGAAAUAAUGGAGCUAGGUAUUGGUUUGAAUGGGAUAAAAAUAUGCAUAAUGCAAAAAUAGCUAUUGUUCAAAAUUUAAAUGACAUUACAUCUGCCAUUACCACUGGUUUUUAUAAAUUUAUCGGAAAAUCUGAAAGUAACGAUGAGAAUCAGGGAACUUUAAAUAGAAACAUUUGCUAUAAUAAAUGUGAAAGCAAAGACAUAAAUAUGUUCUUACUAAAAGUAAAAGAAAAUCAAAGAAAAAUGGCCAUUCAAAAAAGAAAAAUUAACAUAGAGAAGGAUAAAAGGAAAAAUAAAUCUUGUAAUGAAACAUGUGAAAUUGAAAACGAGAAAAGAUAUGAAUUAAAUAACUCCAACAUUGCAAACAAUAGUGAUUGUAGUUCUAAAGAAAAUUCAAGCUAUGCAGAUAGUACAAAAAGUGUUUGUGCAUCUCAAGAUUCUAAUAGUGAGCAUUCUUUUUUUGAAUAUGAUAUAAGUGAUAAUUCAAAUGAAGUCAAAAAUAAAGGAAACAAUAAAAAUAGUAGUAAUAAUAUACUAACUACUAAUUCUAAUAAGGAAGAAGAAGAAUUACCUCUUCGAUAUGAUUAUCAGUUGCAAGAAUUUAUAAUGGAACAUUAUAUUUAUCCAUUGGCUGUUGCUAAAUCUCAUUUUAAUUAUUUUAUAAUUAAAGAUAUUUCCUUCUUCAUAUUAAAAGAGUUAAUAAAUAAGAACACUUCAAUAAGCUAUGAGGAUUAUUUAACAAAAAUUGAAAGAGAAUAUAAUAAUAAGGCUUUAAAUGAAAAAGAUAAUGUAAAAAAAGAUAGAUACUUAAAAAUAUCAACGAAAGCAUGUAAAACACUUGAAGAAUUCCGAAAAUACGAAAGGAGUAUUCAAGCCAUGUCAGAUCCUUUUAACAUGAAAAACUUCAAAAAUUUGAUUUAA